AUCAUCCAUUUUUACAAUGCAAGAAAAACAUCUAUUUGACAAACUAAUGAUUUUAUAACACCAACAAAAUUAGAUACAAAUAUGAAGUUAAAAGAUAUCUGCUGUGCUUGUUUAAGCUUAGAAAGAAAGCUAUCUCCAUUAAGUACAAAAGAUGGUGUAAAUAAUCUGUUUGUCCUACUCACAAACAAUUCUGACACUCAUCAGGUGAUGUCCAACAAAGACACCACCCAUUUUUACAUUUGCUGGGAGUGCAGCGCUGUGCUGCGAAGGCUGUGCAGCUUCAAGCAGCAAGUGUGUGAUGCGCAGCAGCAACUGGUUGAACUACUUGACGACACACACGAUAUAAACAAAAAUACAGAAUGCCUGUCCAAACUAUCAUACAACUUUAAGAGGUCUUUCGAUAAAGAACUGGUGUUUAGUGAUGUACUUAAAGACGAUAAUAUAGAAGACGAAACUAGAAUCGAUAUAAAAAGUGACGACUCAGAACAGUAUAUAAAAACCGAAAUCGAUAACACAGAAAAUGAUCGAGAUUCAGAAACAAAUCCAUUUUCAGACAUAAACUAUGGAAGCGUAGAUAAUAUUAAAGAAGAAAAUGGAAACGCUAAAAACGAUUUCGUCAUGAAACCGGAAGUCAAAAUCCAAUAUGACAACGGCGGUGUCACUUUUGUCACCGUAGAAAUUCCAAAAGCGGAAACGGAAGAGAGCAAACCGAAAAAGAGAGUUUUGAAAAGAAAGGUAAACGAUGGAAAAGAUACACCCAAAGGAAAAGGUGGUGCGAAAAACAGAAACAGUGUGAAAAAAGUUAAAAAAGAUUUUGAGGAAGAAAAUAAAAACGUAUCCCAAGAAGUUCAAAAAGUACCUACAGCUCCAAAAACAAGACGGCCAAGAAAGGUUCAAAACAAACCCCUGGAAAACCCUACUUUGGAUACCCCUAGAUCAACAGAAAACACUACUUAUCCUUGCGCUGAUUGUGAACAGGUUUUUACAAAUUAUACUAGUAGAUAUGAGCAUAUACUGAAGUGUCAUAAAGAGGGGUACCAGUGUGCCACAUGUGGCAAAAAGUUUCAUAUCAAGAAGUCCUUUUUAAGGCAUGAAAGAGUGCACAUCGCAAAAACCCUGCCGCCUGAGAAAUGUGAUAUUUGCGGUGCCAUGGUGCGAUGCGACCUGGUCAAGGACCACGCGCAUCGGCACGCGCGUAAAGACACGGGCACACACGAGUGCGUGCCGUGCCGUAAGCGCUUCGCCAAUAUCAACACCUACAGGAAACACAUGACGGAGGCCCAAGCACACUUGCCGAAUGUCCAAAAAAAGUUCGAGUGUGAAACCUGUCAAAAAUCGUUCCGUACGCAGUUGUUAUACAAAUGUCAUAUGAGGUAUACGAAGAUACAUGCCGUUGCCGCUGCAAUUUACAGAUACAAAUGCUCGAUGUGUGAGAAGAGCUACAGGAGUCGUUCGGCGUUGCGCGACCACGUUAACUAUGUACACAUGGGGAAGACGCAACACAAGUGCACCGUCUGCGAAAAGGCCCUAGCAAGCCCACAAUGUGUCGCCCGACACAUGAAACUGUUUCACGGUGGAUACAAAUGCCCCAAAAAUAAACUAUGUGUUACCUGCGGGAAAGCCUUUGCGUCCAAAAAAGAGCUCCGCGAGCACGAACUAGUUCACACCGGCGAACGUCCGCUCAAAUGCGACGUGUGUGGAGACACCUUUAGACAGAGCGGCGCGCUCUACACGCACAAGCGCAGAGUGCACAAGGUGCCGCUGAAGCCGUCCGUCGAACUCGUCACCGAAACGGACGAAGCCGUCGAGAAACUGUUGCGGGGCUGCGAACUGAGCGAAACUGAACUGGUCAUUAGUAGAGUCGUCAAUGCGAAGACGCACUGACGUUUGCUGUACUGUCCUGCCGCGCGUUGGUUCGCCAGUCAGCCGUCCGUCCAACUCGUCACCGAAACGGACGAAGCCGUCGAGAAGCUGUUGCGGGGCUGCGAGCUGAGCGAAACUGAACUGGUCAUUAGUAGAGUCGUCAAUGCGAA